AAAUUGUAUUUCUGUUGUAAAAAAAUUGUUGGAUCCGUGCCUGCGUUAGAUACCAAAUACGGUACGCGGGGCGGUGAAGUGGUGGCGGAGUCGACGGCGGCGGCGGCGGCGGACCAAUGAGAACCGGAGAAAUGCUUACGUCACAGUACAAGGCUGGGCGGAGGGUGGGUGCGCGAUUUGUUUCUAAACCGGUAAUAUUGCUGACAUACCUAGUUAUUUUGUCAUGUGUUAUAUAAAUUAUAAACAUUAAUCAGUCUUCAUGAUCACGAAUACAUUAGAUAAGUACAAACUACUAUAACAGUACGAAUUACAUUAUAGAUCAUACUAUAUUAUUAUGGUUCAACGGUUUAACUAUGAUUUAUGAAUAACGCAAUAACAAAUAAUAUAGUAUUUGAUAAUAACUAUCUAAAUAUCUUUCCCUAGUAUAGUCGACAUUGUUAACUCGAGAAUUGAGAUGACGGACGAACCUGCGAAUUGCACUACGCAUCAUACAAACACUGUAAAAGUUAAGUGUGACUGGCAGUCAAACGUUUGUGGAAUGGACAUUGAGGACUGUGUCGUUUCCAGUCCAAAGCAGUCGGAAACUGAUGCCAGCAAACUUGACGUCCUGCAACUAAUAACGGAAUUUGAUUGCAAGGGUGUGAAUUUCGAAAAACCUGAACAUUUAAACGACUUUUUCAUAAACAUCAAUUGUGAUCCUAUGCAUGUAAUCAAUACAAUAGUUGUGUGUUCUGAGGCCAGAAUCAUAGAACUGUUUGGGAAGACGGGAGAAUAUGUGUCUAUACAUCAGUCUUUAGAUCAUGAUGUUUUAAGUGAUGGAGUUAAAAUGUUUUCUCAUUUGAUACCCAUUAACAGUACAGAGUGUGCAUUAAAGUUGAAACAAUAUAAUAAUUCAGAUUUUGUUUGGAUUUUUGGCAUAAUAAUUUAUUUAACCGAUAUGAAAGAGCAUCCUAAUACAUUUUUGGGCCCUAUAAAUAUGCAGAACGUUCAAAAUUUGUUGGAGUCAAAACCAUUAGACUUAAAUGCUUUUAAAAUUAUUUUCUAUGUUAAGUCUGAAAGAAUCAAAAUCAACUAAUAAUGAUAUUUUAAUGUCGAUUUUCAAUAAUAUGGAAAAUUCUAAAUUUCCGAAUUGUGAUACUGAGGGCAAUAAGUUCAUGUCGAUUGGUUUCAAACAAUUCGAAAAAAAA